AGCAGCUGCUCUGUGUCUCUACGUUGGAAGCAGCCCGGGAACACAGCACAGCUGCGCUGUUUCAUCUCACCUGAUGAAUUAACCUGGAGCUUAUUUUACUGAUACACAGUUAGGCAGGCUGAGCAGCUGGACUGAAGAAUGACCAUGCAGUGGUUACAGUCGGGGCUGAAGGUUAUCAUUAUUAUUUUGACCCUGUCAAACUCGACCACAUGCCAACACAGAAGGAGGAAAGGACAGAGAGAUGAUAACCAGGUCAUCAUUAAUGAGGCCAAAGCCCUGAUCUGCCCAGUGGAGAUUAUGUUCAUUGUGGACAGUUCAGAGAAAGCCAAAGCUCUGUUGUUUGAGCGACAGAAGGAGUUCAUCCUGCGUUUCAGUACCAAGCUCACGCGGCUCCACUCUGCCGGCUGGCGGCUGCGGCUGCGCCUGGCCGCUCUGCAGUACAGCAGCACUGUGUCAGUGGAGCACAACUUCAGAGACUGGCAGGAUCUGGACGUCUUCCAGAGCCGGGUGGCCGCCAUGACCUUCAUCGGCCACGGUAGCUACUCUGCCUACGCCAUCACCAAUGCCACCCAGGUGUUCAGCCGCGAGACGUCUUCCAGCAGCCUGAGGGUGGCACUGCUGUUGACAGAUGGAACAGACCACCCUCGCAGUCCCAGUGCUGUAACUGCUGCUGCUGUGGCCAAACAGCACAACAUCAGGAUAUUCACCAUAAGGCUAUCGGGCCUGACCAAAGAUGGUCCCAUGGCUUCAAAGCUGCGUUCCAUUGCCAGCGCUCCACCACAGCAGCAUGUACUCAGCCUCACUGACAGCCAGCUGGAUGACAGACUCUUCAAAGAACUGAACAAUGUUGUGAAAACUGGGUGUCCACACCCAAAGACCUGCCUGUGUGAGAGGGGGGAGAGGGGUCACCCUGGAUCUCCAGGGAAACCAGGGGAGCAGGGGUCUGAUGGAGCACCAGGCCCAAAGGGAUCUCGUGGGGAACCUGGUAUUAAUGGACGUCCAGGAAUGGAGGGCCUUGAGGGUCAACCUGGCAACAAAGGGGAAAAGGGAGAACAGGGUGAAUGUGGUGCCCCUGGUAAAAAGGGAGAUCAAGGUGCAGAUGGACCUCCUGGCCCCAAAGGCCCCAAAGGAGAAAAGGGAACUAUGGGAGGACUUGGAGACCAGGGUCCAGAGGGGCCAUCCGGCUCUAAAGGUGAACGAGGACCAAGGGGUGCACCUGGACCUCCAGGAGAUAAUGGCAUUGGGUUCCCUGGUCCUAAGGGUGACAAAGGGAACCAUGGAAGACCAGGUCCACCUGGACCAACGGGUACUGGAGAGCCAGGGAUGACAGGUCCAGCAGGGCCACCAGGAAUGCAAGGAUCUCCAGGGUUUCCAGGUGAGGGUCUCCCAGGGCCCAAGGGUGAAAGGGGGUAUGAGGGUCCUAAGGGCAGUCGUGGACCUCCAGGAUUAGGGUACAAAGGUGAUAAGGGAAACACAGGAGCCCCUGGCCUGCCAGGUUUAUUGGGGUUUCCAGGGGCAGGUGUCCAAGGAGAAAAGGGGGAUCAAGGGCCCACUGGGCCUUCUGGUCCCAGGGGACCUCCUGGACUGGGUAUAGUUGGACCAAAGGGUGACCAGGGUUUCCCCGGAGAACCCGGACCUCAGGGAGAUAGGGGUGUUGGUGAGUCAGGCCCAAAGGGGGAGCCAGGACCAGAUGGGACUGCUGGGAUACCUGGUAUUCCUGGUGAGGAUGGAGCCGCUGGGCCUAAGGGAGAGAUGGGGUUGCCAGGUCUGAGAGGCAUAGAGGGAGCACCGGGGAAAGGUAUCCCUGGAGAAAAGGGAGACAGAGGUGACCGAGGGCCAAGGGGACUUUCAGGGUCUCCAGGUCCAGUUGGCCCUGCUGGAGCUAAGGGAGAGCCUGGCAGCCCAGGAAUGGUGGGCUUACCUGGACCUGGUGGCCGUGGAUUACCAGGACCAAAGGGAGACCCUGGGCCUGUGGGACCAGCUGGACCUGUUGGAGAACCUGGAAUAGGAAUCAUUGGGCCAAAGGGUAAUAAAGGAAAUCCUGGGCCUGUUGGGCCACCAGGGAUGAAAGGAGAUGGCUUACCGGGACCACAGGGACUGCCUGGCUUACCAGGAAUGCAAGGAGAGACAGGAGCUGAAGGGAAAGGACUACCUGGACCUAAGGGUGACAGAGGUUUACCAGGGGUCCCAGGCCCAUCAGGUCCUCCUGGAAUUGGACUUUAUGGACCGAAGGGCUCUACAGGGCAGCCUGGUCCACCAGGCCUCUCAGGGCCUCCAGGAGAGGGCAUCCAGGGACCUAAGGGAGAGCCUGGGUUUCAGGGGCCAGUGGGCCCUCGGGGGGCACCAGGGGACGGCCUUCCAGGAGAGAAGGGUGAUAGAGGCAUUCCUGGAGACCGGGGAAAGAAAGGAGACAAGGGGGACUAUGGAGAACCUGGAUCUACUGGCCCAAUGGGGAGACCUGGAGAGAAGGGUGAACCAGGACUGACUAGAGAAGAGGUCAUGAGAAUAAUAAAGGAAAUCUGUGGCUGUGGUCUGAAGUGCAGAGAGAGCCCACUGGAGCUGGUGUUUGUGAUAGACAGCUCUGAGAGCGUAGGGCCUGAAAACUUUGAGUUGGUGAAGGACUUUGUGAACGCCAUUAUCGACCGGGUGUCGGUGAGCCAAGAAGCCAGCCACAUUGGUGUGGUGCUCUACAGCCACGUGGACAUGGUGGUGGUUAGUCUGCAGCAGCAGUCCAGCCAGGAUGAUGUCAAGGCUGCUGUCAGGAAGAUGCCCUACCUGGGUGAAGGCACCUUUACUGGUAGUGCCAUCCAUCGAGCCAACCAGCUGUUCCAGGCCUCACGGCCUGGUGUGAGGAAAGUGGCUGUGGUUUUAACAGAUGGACAGGCCGACCCCCGUGACGUCAUGCAGUUUGAAGAAACAGCCACUGAGGCCCAUGCAGAGGGAAUCGAGAUGUUUGUUAUAGGAGUUGUGAACAAGACUGACCCUCUGUAUGAAGAGUUUCAGGCUGAGAUGAAUGUUAUUGCCUCUGAUCCUGAUGAAGAGCAUGUCUACCUUAUAGACGACUUCAGGACACUUCCUUAUUUUGGUAUAGCUCUGGAAAGCCAAAUACUGAGUCAUAUUUGUGAGCAGGAUGACACAAUGGCCUUUCUACCAAACUUUCCAUCUGUGGAAAUCCACCCAGACCUUCCAGAAGGAGGCCGUUCCAAAGAGUUCUCAGAGGAAGAGAACACACAGCAUGAACUCACAGUGGAGAUAGUGACAGCCCCAACUCUACAGUCCCCUGAGUCAGAGUGGACUAAUGAGAAUCUGGUGAACACUAAACUGUGGGUGGAGCCCUUGAACAGACUUCAAGACAUCACUUUUGGCUCUCCUGGUGGCAGAGGGAAGCAGGUCCCUGGGGUGACAUCCGUAGUAGGUUUUCAGGCUCCAACUGACUGGCUGCAUGAGGCAAAGAGCACACAGGCUCCAGUUAGCCCUCCUCCUCCACCACUGACACGUAUAUCAGUGACAGAUGAAGGUUGCAGCCAGCCUCUGGACCCAGGUCCCUGUAGGCAGUACAUAGUCAAGUGGUACUAUGACCCUGAGGCCAAUGCCUGUGCCCAGUUCUGGUACGGAGGCUGUCAGGGCAACACAAACAACUUUGAGACUGAGGCCAACUGCAGGAAUUCCUGCAUCUACACGUAACAGUUGUUUAGAGAAAAGGGUGUGUGCAAAGCUAACAUGCUCCAUCUGCGUCACUGAGGAAUGGAAUGGACUGAUGACGCUGGCUUUACUGUUUGACCAGAGCUCAGGUCAGUAGCUUCUGUCGCUGUGGUCACACUCUGUUGACUGCUGCAGGUGAAGGAGAUGAUGGAGAGCUGGCUUGGACCUCCUCGGUGUCUCUCAGGCUCAUUCACUCUGCAGGUGUUCCUGUUCAAUUCUGAACUGCUGCACACAACAUUAGCUGUCUUACCAUUUUGGAGAACUAGUUACAUCUGCCUAGGAUGUAAACCAACUGACAACCAAUACAAUCUGGAGCAUCAAACAGACUGGUUCAACAUGUCAUCACGAAUUCAAUUUAUUUUCCCUUUCCCCUUCUUUCCAUUCUUGUCAAGUUGUCCUUCAGGCAAACACUUACUCAGCCAAAGUCCUCUUUUCACUGGACUAGAGCCAGGGGCCAGUAUCACAAAGCAACUUCAACUCACACUGCAUCUACACAGAAGGCGUAGUGUGAGGAGCAUGUUAGCAGAACAGCAGCAGCAGCUCCUGUGCUCUGUGUGUGUGUCUACACAGUAGGCAUUCAGUUCAUAAUAUUGAGUUUUAGGUCAACUCUUGGAAGCAUUGAGAGCCCAAAACACAAUCACUGCAGUUAGAUGUAACUGACACAGAAACAUAGACUUGUGUAAAAAUAUGCUUUGGGAUAUGUUUAUACUCAUAUAUCACAAGACAGCAGCUGAAAAAUAUGCAUGAAAUGCUCUCUGUGAAGACACACCAUUAGUCUGUUUCUCUGUGGGUUACUUGGAAUCACUGAGCUUAACACUGGUGACUCUGGAUAACUGAUACCAACCGGCUUAGCUAACUCAGAAAAAAAUAGGCAUAUCCCAAUAUUAAAAAUAGUAGUAAGGCUAUAAAUAAGUGGGGGAAUUAUUAAAUUUGCCUUUUUAAAUAUGGUUGGCAUUUUCAACUUGUUAAGUAGUCUAGACUAGUGAGUAUGGAAAAUAAAAGGAUCACACAUAAAUUGACUGAUUAUUCAUUUUGAUUCUCUUGUUGUUUCAUAAUAAACAGACUAUUAUGACAUGGCAACACUUAAAAACCGAAGAUAGAAAUGAAUGAUAAUAAAGCUCUAUCUUAUAUUUAUCUUUGAGUUCAUUAACAGUGUGCACAAUUAAUAUUCAGCUAUAGUCACCAUGUAUUAGUCUGUUAGUGUGGUAAACUAUUCCUGUUUAAUUCUACUAAUUCUGCUAAUCUCUAUUGGUCUUUAUUACUCAUCACUUGGUUUGCUCAACCUGGUUUGAAGUGAGCCAGCUUUGUGAUACAAGACAACCCUCAGUUAAGCCCAAAGAUAGCUGGAUAACCUGGAUACUAAACUCUCUUCGUGAUAUAGACUCCAGGACACAUCAUGUGAUUAAGUAAUUUAACAUAUGUUCUAUGCAACAAAACAAACUGUCAACCUCUGCAGUUACUGCAAAUCACAGCAGGAGCCCAGGUAAUAGUGGUGUCAUUCAAAUAGAGAGAAAGUGCCAAAACAAUAACAAUUCCCUGAGAUAAGUGGUUCAACAUCAGAUUACUAUCAUCAUAUUUCCUGGAAGGUCUAGUCCUUCUCAUAUAUAAAGUUGUAAUUUUUUUUUUUUUUUAAUAUUACAAGUAUAUACUGAACUUUUAUUUUUCAAUUAUGAUAUGAGUCAGAACAUUAUGAGAUUAAAGUUGUAAUUUUACAAAAAAGUUGACAAAAUUUUAAUUUUGUCAUUUUUUCAGUGUCCCAAAUAUGAUGAUUGAGUGCUUACUGGUGAACCCUUUAGCUCCACAUCCUCCACAUUAACUGAUAAACUGACACAUAUUUAACACAACAAACCAUUAAAAACAGUAAUAAUAUUACAAAUGUAUCUUCAUAUUAGUAUGACUGUUUUGUACAUUUAUGACUUAUAGUAAUAUCCUGAGUGUCUCAAAAUACAGAUUUAAUAUCAUAUUAUUUAGACAGACCUUUGCAAACAAAUGCAAUAUGGGGGGAGGCUGGUGUCUGUCCUAUCUGUUCAAUCAGUUAUAGACAGAGACAAGCCAAGACAGAACAGAAUCAGCUAUAACUGACUCAUUUUAUUUUAAUGGCUCUAUGUUUUCCUUAAUUAGGAGUUCCAAUUAGAUGCCAAAAAUUCAGAGCUGUCAGGUUGGUAAAACAAAACAAAAACAAAAACAAAAACAGCUGAUCUGCUUCUUCUGUUGUCUCAUGGUUCUGUUCCCUGAGGUGACGAAAAUACUAAUACAUAGUGCACAAAAACAUACAGAUACAUUUUUGAAUUACAUUUUCUCCUCAAAUGAGACUUACUCGGUGUAUUUAUAUUUUAGAUCACGGAUUGUGUCUUCAAAGAAAUAGUUUGCCAUUCUGGAGAAUAUGUAUGUCCACUUUCUUGCCAAGAGACAGAUGAGAAAUUCAGUACCAGUCUCAUGUCUGCGCAACAAAUCUGAAGCUACCUCCACCAGCCAGCAGUUAGUUUAGACUGGACAGCAGGGGGACCAGCCGUGCCGGAAUAUUUCCUGGCCACUUCCUCUGAUUGCAACCAGUGGAAAUAGUCUGUCACAUAACUCCCUGUAAAAAAGGGUGAGUUGUUGAUUUUUUUUUUUUUUUUUUUUUUUUUGUCCAAUUUAACAAGCAACCUAUACUGUGUUACUCCAUUGGUGGAUUUUGUUAUAGACACAGCCAGGCUGACUGUUUCACCACAUUUCCAUCCUUUAUACUGAGUCACGCUCACCAAUGGCUGGUUGGUUGGUGGUUCUUUGCAUUUAGUGUACAGAUAGGAGAGUGAAAUCAAUCUGACCAUCUAACUCUCUGCCAGAAAACUAAUAAGUCUGUCCUUGAAAUGUUGAACUAUUCCCUUAAAUUUUAAAGCAAAAUGAUUUCAGGAAACUAUGAAAGGACAUUUAAAGGUGAUUUAAACGCGUCUCAACACGAAGAGCAUCCUUGUGAUUGUCACUGUGUGAGGGCAGGAUUUUCUCUCACGGUACAUUAGCAGCAAGUACAUACAGGGCAGAGUUAGUUAAAGAAUAUCAAGGGUGGACAAAGAGAUUUCAUAUGCUCAGUGCAAAGGGUACAAUAGAUGAACAAAGGUUCAUUCAAACUCAAGAUCACAAUCACAAAUUCCAUCUGUUCUAUGCAGCUUGUUGGGACAGGUUGAACAGGACAUAGAAGUCUCUGUUAGUUACUAUGACUACCAACUGCACUUACUAUCUCUAAAUCUGCUCAGUGGGAGUAUAUGUUGCAAUAUGUCAUGACAAAAGUUUAAUGAAUGAAAAAGUACAGAGCAAAAAAUCUGAAUUGAGGCACUUUCACCUGCAAUGUGAAUAUAGUCUACUCAAUAUGCUGUUGUUACAAACUUUUGGACCCAACAGUGUAUAAUACAUUUGAUUUUAUAUUUUAUGGUAUAAAAUUUUGGUAUUUGUCUUUUGUUACAUAUUGUUUUGUGGGUCAGUGUUUGUAGGUGUUUGUCCACAAAGCAGCAGUGCCUUUAGGGCCUCUUGAUAACCUAACAGACCUGUGUAUGGUAUUUUUAUUAUGUUGUAGCUACUUCAGUGUUUAUUUCCUAAGAUUUAGGUUUUUAGUUAAACUUAUUACUAUUGUAUAAGAAGAGACACCCUUGAUUGUAAAAUGUGUUCUUUUAUUAUCUCACAUUCAAGCACCAGAAGGAAUAGUAACUUUAGAACACGUUAAACAAAAUAAACUUUUUUUCAAUAAAUAAAAUAUAAUUUCCUAAGAAUCGCCUAUUUCAAGAACCUUUUUCAUACAGAGAUCUGACCUCCAGUAUGCACAGAGGUUCUCAGUCCUACUGAUCUCAAUCCUCUGGCUGUGUCUCAUUACAGCAGAGUCGUACAAGUAAAGGAAAGCACAGAUGACAUUCUUAUGGGAUUUAAAUCCCUAGUUUGAUGAGGAUGCCACAAAUUGGACCAAUUCUUUAUAACAGCAACAGUUUGG